AUGUCGACAGAGAGACACGGAAAUCCCUCAUCUACGUCUCGUGAAGAAAACGAUUUGUUCUUAGAUAUACUGCAGGAGGCUCCUCUAUUCGGUCACCGGAAAUCCAGGAGUGUUUUUGGUGCUAUUGUUUACUGUGUUGCAGGUUAUGCUGUUUUGGCAGCCGGCGCUCCUUAUGUGUUUCGUCCUAUAAAGCAUUUGGUUCCCUCAUUGCUUUGCAGUUGCGAUGUUGUUCUUCUAAUACUCACAGAAGUGAAGACACAGUAUAUGUUGGUAACAUCUGUUAGGUGUAAAUUUUCUCCCAACCUAAAUGUUGCUCUUUCAGAUAACAAGUGGGAAACCUACAAGAAAUGUUUGGUUGCUUUGACAUCUGUGUUUCUUUUUGUAGCUGUUGGAUUGUCAAAUCGGUUAUUACAGUUUCAGCCAGAAGUUGAAGCAUAUCGUUCGCUUACCUUUUGCCAUUACUGCAUAUGUCAAAUUCUAGGAACUGCUACCAUGCUGCUUGUCAUGGUAUGGAAACCUUACAUCAGUAUCCUUUCAGUCUCUACAUUACUAAGGAUUAUCAUGUUGACUGAAGCAAUAUGUGCUGCUUCUUUUAUGAGCGUCUAUAUUGGUUAUUUACACCGGUACAAUUCACUAAAUUCUGAGCCUGAUAUUUUGAAGUCAUUAUAUUCCCCACUUCAACAAUCAAGUCCUUUAGAAGGUUUGAGGUAUCAUGAUGGCAGUCGACUUUCUGAUCAGCAAAUGGCUUUGCUGCAAUAUCAGCGUGAGAACCUGCAUUUCUUGAGUGAGGAGGUUCUUAGAUUGCAAGAGUGCUUAAGCAAAUAUGAACGCUCUGAUGAUGGGAGCACACCUCAGUAUGAUCCUGAAAGGAGUGUACCUGUGGUUGACCUUGCCCAUCUGUUGGCAGCUCGUGAACAGGAAUUACGGACACUUUCUGCUGAGGCAUUGGUUCAACCAUUUGACCUCGUCCACCUUCUCAAUGUACAGAUGAAUCAAUUACAAUCUGAGCUAAGGCUUGCUCGAUCUGUGAUAGCUGAGAGGGACUCUGAGCUCCAGCGGGUGCGCACCACAAACAAUCAGUCCUGCAAUAUCAAGGCUGAUUUUCUCACAGUAAUUCUCAAAGAUCGAGUACACAAUACCAGUGUAACAUAUAUGCAUAUGAUCAUUGCUUUGAGGUUGCAAAAUUCCUUGUAUGUGGAAGAGAAUGAAAGGCUGAGAGCUAUUUUAGGGGAAUGGAGCACCCGGGCAGCUAAGCUUGAGCGAGCAUUGGAAGUUGAGCGGAUGUCAAAUCUUGAAUUGCAAAAGAAGAUUUCAACAUCGAGAAAUCAAUCACAUUUAUCAAGUUCAAGUGAGCAGCAUAGAACUUGA